CGAUAAUUUUAAUGUUUUAACACUGCAUGGUAACUUACACAAUGUUCUUGGUGAUCAGGUGACCGAAACAAUUAAAGGCAUUAUGCUAAACUUGCCUGAUGAACAUGUACCAGAGGAGUUACAUGUAGAUGCCGAUGUCUUUGAGAAGAUGAAGAAACUAAAACUGCUUAAACUCAGUGGGAUAAGACCUUGUGGACACCUUACAUAUAUUUCAAAUGAAUUAUGUUAUCUCGAUUGGGAUGAUUACCCUGCAAAGUUUUUGCCAUCUAAUUUCCAUCCAAAAAAUCUUGUUCAACUUCGCCUUUGUCACAACCAAAUCAAAGAAAUAUCAUCAAGUAUCAAGUUUCUAGAGAAGUUAAAAUACCUUGACCUCGGUCACUCCUUAAAUUUGUAUAAAACUCCUAACUUGUCUAGUCUCCCAUAUUUGGAGAAAUUAAAUCUUGAAGGGUGUAAAAAUCUAAUUGAGGUCCACGAGUCGAUUGGAGUUCACGAGAGGCUUGUGACAUUGGAUCUGCGGAACUGUAAAAAUCUGAGGAGUCUCACAAAAAGCAUCAAGUUGGAAAAGUUGAAAUAUUUGAAUCUAUCAGGAUGCGUAAAACUUGAGAAGUUUCCAGAGAUUGAAGGGCGUAUGAAUUGUUUGCAGCAUCUUGAUUUGGAUGAAACUGCAAUAAAAGAUUUGCCUUCAUCAAUUGAGCAUCUUGAAGGGCUUAGGGGUUUAUAUCUAGGUUAUUGCCCAAAGCUUAAAAGUAUUCCAACAGACAUUUUUUCUAGAAUGAAGGAUUUAGAAUCCCUUAAGAUGGCAGGAACCGCUAUAGAACAGUUACCAUCUUCCAUUGUACAGUUGUGUAAACUUAAUUGGCUUGGGCUAAGUGAUUUACAAAAAUGGUCUCCCAAAACGCCAAAUUCAUUGGUGUCAUUUUCAUUGGUGCGAAAGAGAACUACUAAUUAUUUGCAACUGGAACUGCUCUCCGCUUUGAGCACUUUAUCUUGUUUACAUUUAAGUGGAAGCAAUUUCUCUAGCAUACCAACAAGCCUCAUUCAACUCAAAUGUCUGAGACACCUUCGUUUGGAACGUUGCACAAGCCUCCGAACGUUAACUUCACUUCCGUCAUCUAUUGAACAUGUGAAUGCACAUGGCUGCAAAUCAUUGGAACGGUAUUGGAUUCCACCAAGUGGAAUUGGUCCAAACAAUCGCGGAUUCAGAUUCACUGAGUGCCGCAAAUUGGUUAUGGAUGAGAUGGAAAACAUGCCAAAUAUAUCAUCACAAACUCAGCUUCAGGGAAUUCAAUGGAUCAGUUUUCCGGGAAGUGAGAUUCCGCAAUGGUUUAGGCAUAAGAGUGAAGUUGAGGUGUCUUCUUUGUCUUUGGUGAUAGAUCAUCUUUCUUCUUACAAUUACGUCAAAGGAAUUGCCAUCUGUGCUGUUUUGGAAAUUCAUGAUAUCUCAUUGAUUGGAUUUGAUCUAAAAAUCAAUGGUUAUGGCGUGAACUGGUUUGAGAACGCCGACAGUUAUUAUUCUUCCUAUUAUUGGGGGUGUAAAGGCAAUCACGUUAUUUUGGGGAACGUAACAGAAUAUUACGAUGAGUUGUCUAAAGAAUAUCAACCAAUUAAAAAUUUGAUGAAGAAGAGACCAAAGCUCAGCCCAGGCCCUCCCAAUAUUUGUGAUGAUGCCAGCUGUUACAUUCAGGCUUCAGUUAUAUCAUCCUACUACCCUGGGUCAUACUGUCAAGAAAUGUUGAAGAAAAUGGGUAUCCAUCUAAUUAUGGAGGAGCAAGGUGAAGGUUAACAGUGAGAAAUCCUAGCAUUAAGAGGCAAAGAAAGGAUCAUUUGGAUAGUUUUGAUUGUCAUAUUUGUAUACAAGAAGCUCUUCUGGUUGUAAUAACAAUUUCAAUUGUGAAGGAAAAUGUUUUGUUUGUACGUAUCAAAAUCUUUUUGGCCAUAUAUGGAUUAUAUGUCCUGAAAAAUUUUAUUUACAAUAAUCACACCGUGUAAUGGUCACAUAGCAAUACUGAUGGGUCACUUGUCAUGGUGGUCUUGCCGGGGAUCUUGACCAAGGGUGAUGUAUAUCUGGUGGUAAUGGCAGCAGCAAUGAUGAUUAUAGUGGUGAGGACGAAACAGAUGAAG